AUGCGUUGGAAGUGGAAGAUGAGUGGGAUUCCCCUGGCUGUUGCCAUGGCUCUCCUCUUCUGGGCUUGUGAGUCAGCUGGCAGCCCACUUACAGACUUAUCCAGAUCUGCCGUCUCUCACCCUCACAUCUCCCUCCUGCUGGAAGAAGACUUUAAUGGGCUUGACUUCCAUGACAUAGCACACCCCCCCUCCUCCCUCUCCUCCUCCUCUUCUGCCUCCUCUGCGACCUUUCAGCAGAUCGACAACAUGGUCGACAACCACAUCUCCCAGUCCCUAGAGGACCUGUUUGCGUCGUUUACCCAGCAGGAGGUACUUGUGGAGAGUUCUGGUGAUGGGAGCGGGCAACAAGAGGUGCCUAAUGACCUGAUGCCAGAGAGGCCCCCCCCUUCAAUCAGCCUCAUGGAUGACAACUGGAACUUCCAAGAGCUGGACAUCGAGAGGGGGGGCUGGAGGGACCCCAGGCUUCUCGCCGCCCGCCCCUCAUCCCCCGACCAGGUACAGCUGAUGGACGCCGACAGGUACCCCGAAAUAACAGACAUGCGCCACCAACAGGAGGUCAACAUAGUGGCAUCGACACAGAGUACCGCGAUUACCAUGUCCGCGUUGUCAUCAGUAAAGGAUGUGAACACAACCAAGCAGAAUAUCACAGGAGCCCCAACCACCUCUCCACAAAGAGACACACAUUCAACCACGGCCCACGUGGUUUUAAAUGUGGAGAAGCCCAAAGGGCUAUCUCAGUGGAGGGAGGCUAGUGGAGAGAUGGAGCAUUCCGCCGAAACACCACUGGAUGGCGAGAGUCAAUCAGCCGACGAGGUGUCCAACUCCCAGAUCUUUUCUCUCCUCCUAUGUUCUGUCUUCCAUCAUUCAGGGAGCGAUGAGUUCCGGGGGUUCAUAGGUCCCAUCACCCAAUCUGGCUCCUCUCCUCGCUCCUGCCUGUUCGGCUGGGGCCUCUGUGGUGGCACCGCAGACCUGAACGGCACCACCCUCGAUUGGGACGACCUGAGCCGUACCCUGGCCUUCGCCUGGGAGCUGCACGUGUUCGGAUGCGCCGGCCUGUUCCUGGUGCUGAUGUUGGGCGCCACCUGGGGGAUCACCAGUGCCAUUGCACUGCUUCGCCCCUACGCCAUCGCCCUGCCCAUGUCCAAUGCCCUGCUGCUGCUCGCCGGAGGCCUGCGAUGCGUUCACUUCCUGAUCGACCCGUACGGGACCAGGCACAUCUUCUCACGGCCCGCCCUCUCUGCCCUGUACAACCUGCCUCUUCCUCUGCUGCUGUGGGCUCAGGCUGUGCUGGCAACCGUCAUCUUGCGCGGACGCAGGCUGAACCUCCUUCCCAAAGCCCCAGAGCACCCCGUGAAGACAGGGAGUGUGGUCGCACUACACUGCUCCCUCCUCCUCACGGCGGACAUGUUGUCCCAGGCAGUGUCGCCAGCUUUACCCCUAAUGCUCCAGACCUUCUCUGUGUGCUGGGGCCUACCUCUGUGCCUGGGCCUGCUCCUCCAAACCCUCAACCCGCCUCAGAUGACCCGGACGCCAGUCCCCCUGUGGCUGGCGGCCAAGCACGUGGAGGACCGCACGAGACAAGUCUUCGCCCUGUCCGCCGCCUUGGGAGCGCUGAGCUACGCUCUGCACGUCCACGGGGUGCUCUGGCAGUACGGACUGCUGGGCGACUGGAGGCGCUUCAGCUGGGGCUGGUGGGUGGCACAGUUCCUGGCUCGGCUGGUGGAGCUCACCUGGAGCUACUCGUUACUCCUGCUCUCCUCCUGGGUCUUCUGGAGACCGCACGGCUUCAACAAGCGACGGGACGCCACCAGCAGCGGCAGCGGCGGGAGUUGCGGCGGGAGAGAGACCAUGCGUAGCCUGGAGGCAUGCUGGGAUGGCGUGCUGGACAACCUCCCCCGGCGCCCCAACUGGAGUGAGACGGGCCCAGACCGGCAUUGGGCCGGACUGCUGCCAAACAACUGGGCGGCUCAGAAGCGCGCCCACCCAGACAUCGACCAGGACAUGAUCCGUAAUUAUGAGGUGGCGACGACGUCACAGGGCCUAAGGGAGCGGGAUUUCUCUGGUACCUCAUCCCGGAGUCACUCGGGCAGCGUGAGCUCCAUCAGCAGCAUCAUGCAUGACAGGACCGCCACCCCGCCGUGGCUGCAAGGCCACCGGCACGACUGGAGCGAGCGCGACUGCAUCCUGUCCCUCAUCGAGUUUGACCUUUGCCCCCCGUCUCCCAUCAGCCUCACGCCGAGCAUCGAAAACGCACUGAUGCACGACGACAUGUGUGCGUGCGGCAUGUUCACCCCACAGCCGCCAUCUUGGACACAGGGCCUAGAGCCGUACUGUGCCCAGGCUGCCAGGGCGACCCCACCCACCACACCCACUCACAUCGCCUACAGGUGGGCGCUGGACGGGUGCGCCAGUCCUCUGGAGACACAUUGUUUUGGGGGCUCCAUGCACCACACAGAGGCAUUGGAGGCGGGCACUCAAGACCCUCAGCCAAUGCUGUUGAGCUUUGACCAGUACCAGCCAAUGGGGUCAGACGGUCAAUAUACAACACAGCCAAUGGAGUUGUUGGAUGCUCAAGACUUUGACUUGUGGGAGGUGGAUGAUCAACCCUCUGUGCAAGUCAGACCACCCUGUGAGUCCUGA